AUGGCGAUUAGGCAGACCGGCGCUGUGCAAGCUUACGCCGAGAAGUUUCAAGAGCUAUUACUUAAUGUACCGAACAUGCAAGAGAACGAGGUAGUAGCUAUAUACAUCAAGAGACUUGACGACCAGUUGAAGAUGGAGGUACGCUUGAAGUUGGCUAAUGAAGACAGCUUAGUAGAGGCAAUGAGACUUGCAGACAUUGUAGCUUCGAUUAUUCAGAAGUCACGUGGUGCACGUGACAAGGUACUUUUUGCUAAGACUGUUUGUUUGACGGAGAGUGCCGAAAUUGUGGCAAUAAAAGCCACAUGA